UCGGCACCGUGAUAAGAGAUCGGCCCCGUGAUAAAAAUACAAAAAUUCAAAUUAUUACCACCAUUCAACAUAGUAAACAGUUCCACUAUAAUUUUUAAGUAAUAUUCCUAGAACCAGAUACAUUAGUUAUCCGUCUUCUAAAAUUUUAAAUAGUAAAUAACUUUAACGAUCAUUUUACGUUUGUCGCUCCUACCUGGAGGCUGAAAGUUGGUACUUGGUUCCACAUGUUAAUUAUAUUAGUUAAAAUGGCAUUGAGAGAUCACGACUACGUCAUUCUAGCCAACCAUGAAGAAGUUGGUGUUCCAAAUCUCAACCUCUUCCUACAAGACCAUACCUAUGUCCAACAUCCUGCCAUUCAGAUUCUCCUCCAACAUAAAAAACAAGAACAAAAACAACAAGCAAGAACAUAUAAGACAAUCCCUGGCGUUCGGCUCAACUCAAAAUUUUAUGUGGAUAAUUUUGGAUAUAAAUAUUAUCAAAAAAAGUUACGCGUCAAUAGAAUAACUUUAAUUUGUGAGCGACAAAAGAAUCCCAGUCGUCCUGCAUGUUAUGGUUCAGCAUCCAUCAGUAGAAAUGAGAUGGACAACCAAAUCUUGAUUGUAACUCCACACAAUCAUUAGCUGGAUGAAAUUUAUUUAAAUGUGCCAUUCCUGAGGAAUGCUCUAGAUGAAAAAGCUUUUGAUCGGACAAUCACAACUCCAUAAAUUUGAGGUCUCUAUAAUAGUGAAAUAAUUAGGUAAAAUAAUUAACCUAAUUAUUGUGUUGAACUACAAAUAUAUAAAUUAUGCUAAUUAUGUAGUAAUUUUUAUACUUUUGGUAAGCAUCCCGAGGCUGGAUACAUUCCUCCAAACAUAAUUGAGAGCAAAAAGGAUGAGAAUAUCAAGACCCCCACAAUUACCUUAGAACAUGCACGAUCUUGCAGAAAUGUUGAGAGAUCCCCAGAAUGCAAAUUACGUCUCAACAUUUCAAAUUCCUUCUACUGUAUUUUUCAAUUAAGAAUUGUUUGUAAAUGGAGGAACUGUUGGAAUUAUUUUUGCGAAUACUUCUGCAAUUGAAAAGUAUCGUGAACAGUUGGCUACAGUAGAGAUUGUCGGAAUAGAUGGUACAUAUAAGAUGCUACCUUAAAUGCUAAUAGACUUGCAAUCUUUCCUGACAUCUCAAAUUCUGUACAAAAGCUUAGUUAUUAAUUUCGCAUUUCUAAUGGUCUUUGUCCUUUUGGGGAGUGAGACAGAGGAAACAUAUUGUGCAUUAUUCGCUGUGAUACACAAUACUCUACCUUUGAACUAUGAUGGAAUCUGUUUUGUUACUGAUUAUGAGCGUGCUCUUAUGAAUGCUGUCCAACAAAUCUUCCCUAACAGUAACUUGCUAUGCUAUUGGUUCCAUUAUACUCAGUCAGUUGUUAGAUAUUGUCACCGAAAAGUGAAUGGUGUCUUGAACUUGGUGAAGAGGCAUGACUUGGUGGCUCGUAUUUUCAAAAUGAUGCUAGCAUUGCUUUAUUUACCGGCUGAAAGGGGUCAUCCGGGGUGCCCUAAUUUUUGUAUGGAAAAUGGAUUACAUACGAUUGUCAUUACAAAUUUACACCUUACAAUUUCCUGAAAUUAAUGAGUUAAUGCAUCGUUUCCUGGUGGAUUGUAUUUACCAUUAUUGGUUUUUGCAAAUUGGUCCUCGAUUCUUAAGUGUUUUUGGUUAAGUUUACCGAAUCAACAAUUACUUAAAAUACUUCCAUGCAAUGUUGCGCACUCAAAUUGGACGUCACCCUAAUAUUUGGGACUUUCUUCGUGAGUUGUCUUAAUUGUACUGACCAUACUGUGGUCUCUAUGUUGCAUUAUUCUAUAAAUAUUUGUGUUAAAUGUAUGUGUUAUGUGUCUUAUGUUUAUGUUAUUGUUAGGUACAUUUUAAUAUAGACAGUGUAACAUCAAUUUUUAAGAACAAAAUUAGUUAGUUUCAUCAAUAUUUGUAUUUAAUUUAAUAAAUAUUUUUUUCUAUUUCUCUAUCUAUUUAUUAUUGCUUUCACAAGCUAAACCUGGUGUAAAAUGUAAUUAACACCAUUAUAGAAAUUAGGUUAGUGUGUAAAUAGUAGUUGUAUUGUGAAUAUUUGUGCUUUGUAAAUGGUGUGCAUGUUACCAUACUUAUUGUUAAAUAGAUGUUGCUUUUAAGAGUAUCUUUAGCAUGGCAAAUUCUUUUAAAUUAUCAUUAUUGUCAAUAAUAUUAUAUUUUUAAUAAUAAAUAUUAAUAUUUAUGUUUA